GAUCAUAGGACACCAAGUUGAGAAGCUGGCUUUGUCUCAGUUAGAACGUAACACCAAAAAGAAGAAGAUGAAGUGAUAACAAGCAAUUAAUCUAGUGUAUGAAUACUUUCCUGAAUCAUUUGCUUGCGAAGUAAUCAUAUUUCAAAAACAGUCGAUGUUUGUACCGAUAUUUUCAUUCGGGUCCCUUCUUUCAUGAGUGCGGUUACCCUAUGUAGUGCGAAACAGAUAGCAUUUGUGAUUAUAAAUACCACAGUGGCUAGCAGUUCAAUGUUGCAGUACAUAUAUUCAACAUCAACAGUUUCGACAAGACCAUCUUGCCGCUCUGAUGUCGUUGUUUCUCAGAAACUAAAAAUGGCAGUCAAGUUUGUCAUUGUAACUUUUGCAUUGGCUUUUUGUUGUGCGACUGAACCGGUAAAAGGCGAAGAUUUUCAUCUCAAACGAGAGACACCUAGUGGGAGCUAUUUUGGUUUUGAGCUGCUGAUUACCCAACUAGAAAUUCUCGAACAGAAGUUGGAAAAAAUUUAUAUUCUUGAACAGAAAUUGACAAAAUUAGAUAUUAUUGAACAGAAGUUAACAAAAUUAGAUAUUGUAGAACAAAAAUUAUCCAGAAUGCAAAAGGCAACGGUGAAUACUGUAUUCGAGUCAUGUUUGGAAGUACCAUUCAACAUUUCGAGAAAAUAUCAACUUCAACCCGAUUUUAACGAACAAUUGUUUGUGGGUUAUUGUGAACAGGAAAAGUUUAAUGGUGGAUGGCUCGUAGUUCAGCAUCGUUUCGAUGGAUCGGUUGAUUUCUACCGUAACUGGAUGGACUACAAGAAUGGAUUCGGAAAAAUUGAUGGAGAAUUCUGGAUAGGACUUGAAAGGCUGCACAAGUUGACGAAGGAUAAAAAAGUGAGACUGAUGGUGGAAAUCAAAGACUAUGAUGGCAAUUAUGGUUAUGGUAGUUAUGAUGAAUUUGAAAUUGGUGAUGAAGAUGAGAAGUAUGUGCUCAAACGAUUAAGCGGGUAUUCAGGAACUUUAAUAGAUUCGAUGAGUAUUACCAAGGGAAGAAAGUUUACAACGCGAGAUAGUGAUAAUGACGAAAACAAAAGUGGCAAUUGUGCACAAAUAGAGAAGGGAGCUUGGUGGUAUAGUAGUUGUGGCAAUACCAAUCCAAACGGACCAUUCAACAACGAAGGAGACUGGAAGAAAAUUUACUGGUACACUGCAAAAUAUUUUUGCUGGUAAUCAGCAAACUUUGCUGAUUUUUGGCGUGCUGAUUGCAUUCAGCAAUACAAAUUACUGAGUAUCAGCAAUUAUUUUUCAACUUGCUGAACCAUCCAGCAAUUUUGACAGUUGAUCAGCAAAGUUGUGCUGAAAUUCAGCAAAAAUGUUGCUGAAAUUCAGCAAUUUCUUUUGCUGAUUUUUGGCGUGCUGGAAGCAUUUCAAAAAUUUUGGUGUGUAUAGUCACGGAAAAGGAUUUGGUUUAAAUUACUUCA